UCCUUGUGUAUGUUCCUUCAUCACCAGUGGCAUUACAUGCUUCAUCGACUACUGUUUCGAGUAUAACACUGCAGUGGCAGUCACCUUCUGCGCAUGUGAACCUUAUCCAAGGUUAUUACUUGUAUUUCAAGCGAGAAUUCGGUGAAUGGGAGAAAGUGAGGAUUCUGUCUAACUACUCAAGUUACACUCUUAACAAUCUACAGUGUGGCACCAAGUACCACUUUUACAUGCAGGCCUUCAAUCAAUUGGGUCAGAGCACACCUACAUUAACAGUCACAACUCGCACACAAGGCUCAGCUCCUGUUUCACCUAGAAAUACUGACUUAAUACGAGUCAAUUCUACUUCCAUUUUGCUGAACUUAACAUCAUGGAAUGAUGGUGGAUGUCCAAUAACAUCUGUUGUGGUGGAGUACAAGCUGAAGAAAGGAUUCGCAUGGACUCUUGUAUCAAAUAACAUCAAAAUAGAACAAACUGAAUUCAUGGUAUUGGAUCUGGAACCAGAAACCUGGUAUGCUUUGCGCGUCACUGCUCACAACAGUGCUGGCUCUACUAUUGCAAACUACAAUUUUGUCACUCUUACACACACAGGAGCUACAAUUGCUCCUGACUUAAUAGUGUAUUCAAAUUAUGGAAGUCAGCGGUUUUUUGGUGAUACAACCCUAAUAGCAUUUAUUGUUGCUGGAACUACACUACUUGUUGUGGCUAUUGUGGGACUCUUGAUUUAUCUGAAAAGAUGCCAGGACAUCUUCUCUUCACACAAAUGUGAUGAGAAAUCGUCAGAAACAGGAAAAAUAGAAGAUUUGGAUCGGGGAGCAGUUCCUAUGAAAUAUGACAACAUUGAAAGUGGCAUUGCCUCAGCAAAUCUCCAAGAAGCAGUCUAUAUUGCCACUCCAAUGCGUGUUUCUCUGGGACAGAGACAAGAUAUCAGCCCUUACGCAACAUUCCGUGUCCCUGUUCUGGAAGAUGCAGAUCAUUUGGAUGCUAUAGACAAUGUUGAAUCACACAGGGCUUCCAGCUGCCUCCAGUACAGUGAAAAGCCACAUCAUUCAUCAACAUUUGGAAGCUGUCCUGAAUCACCAUAUCCAAAGAUUCACAAGAAACCUCAUUAUGAGAAUGAAACAUGUGAUUGGAUUCCACUACACAACCUGUAUCAGGCUCACAGGUAUUGACUUCCAGAAGCUUAUGUGUACAAAGUUGAAUCCACUUUUACUUGGAAAAUUAGUUGCAGAAUU